CUUCAAAAGGAGGAGCAUCUUCAUCAAGAAAUGGCUCCUACUAAUCUCUUCAUUUACAUGCUUUUAACUUUUCUAACUUCAACUCUCAUUAAAACAUGGGCACACCUCCCUCAUCAACACCCUGACCCAGAAGCCAUUGUUCUGCAACUUCAAAGAAAACUAAAUGCUUCAAUAACCUCAAGAAGAAGAUUGCUCGAUACAAACCCAUUAUUCACCCAAUCAAAAGAUCAAACUCUUUGCCAGACUGGCAACCCAGUCGACGACUGCUGGCGAUGUGACCCAAACUGGGUCAACAAUCGCCAGCGUCUCGCCGACUGUGCUAUCGGAUUUGGUCAAGGAGCAAUGGGGGGCAAAGGAGGCCGCUUUUACAUCGUCACCGAUUCUUCCGAUGACCCUCAAAACCCACCUCCGGGGACACUCCGACAUGCAGUCAUACAAACCGAGCCUCUUUGGAUCACAUUUGCAAAAGACAUGCACAUAAAUCUUCAAAACGAGCUCAUUGUCAGCAGUUCAAAGACCAUCGAUGGACGUGGGGCCAUUGUCCAUGUUACCGGGAAAGGGUGUAUUGUGAUUGAGAAUGUCGGGAAUAUUAUCAUUCAUGGGAUUUAUGUUCACGACUGUCAGCCCUCCGGGAAUGCUAAGAUACGGGUGAGUCCAUCGGAUGUUGUGGGCCGUGGGAAAACGGAUGGUGAUGGGUUGACGAUCAAGGGGGUGAGGAAUUUGUGGAUUGACCAUUGUUCUUUUGCCAGGUGUACAGACGGAUUGGUUGAUGUCACGGAGGGGUCCACCGCCGUGACUAUAACAAACUGCUAUUUCACAGAGCAUGAUAAGGUCAUGUUGUUAGGUCAUUCAGAUGAUUAUCUAGCCGAUGCGGGAAUGCAAGUGACAGUUGCAUUCAAUCAUUUCGGAGAACGGCUAGUGGAGAGAAUGCCAAGAUGCCGACAUGGUUAUUUCCAUGUUGUGAACAACGAUUAUACCGAAUGGAAAUUGUAUGCCAUUGGUGGGAGCGCAGCUCCCACCAUUAACAGUCAGGGCAACCGUUUUGUUGCCAUGGCUAAUGAUCGUAGAGAGGUGACAAAGCGAAUGAAUGCGAAAGGUGACGAAUGGAAGGGGUGGAAUUGGAGGUCGGAAGGUGAUUUGAUGGUAAACGGUGCAUUUUUUGUCCCUUCGGGUGCAGGGCUUGAGGUUCAGUAUGCCAAGGCCUCGAGUGUUCCACCAAUGUCAGCCUACCUUAUAAACCAACUAACUAGGCAUGCUGGUGUUCUUGUAGGCGCCCCGAGUAGUGUAGUUGUAGGCGCCCCGAGUAGUGUAGGUGAAGAUCCUCCGAGUGGGAUCACACCACAUGGCACAGAUCCUCCGGUGAUCACUCCACCUGUUGUUGGUCAACCAAGUGGCGAGAAACCACCGCCAGGAACCCUACCACCUUAUGGUGCCGGAUUCUCUCCAGGAAUCCUACCACCUUAUGGUGCCGGUUGUGUUCCCGGCAACAUACAAGGUGGUAGUGGUGGUGGUGAUCCUGAUAUAAACCCAGGAGCUGAGUAUGGGUUUAUACCAGGAUCACCACCACUACCAGUUGGCGUGCUACAAGGUAGUGGUCCCGGGAUGAUACCUUUUUGUGGCGGUCCCGGCAGUAGAAGGAUUUCAGGUGGAGCACGCUCAUCAAUACCAACCACCAUUUUUUUGUCUUCACUAGUUGUAUUAUCACUGUUCAUGACAAUGACUCCAGUGUAUUGUUAA